GCCUCGACACGAGCCCAGCAGCUGGGCUAUUGGGCGGUCACAUUACGGCUGCGUUUAGGCGCGCCAGGCGCGUACAGCCUACGGGUACUUGCCUGACCUCGCAUAACGAGGCAGUUGCAAGAGCAGGCCGCUGGAACACAAGCAGAGCCCUGCUCCCAGAGGCCAAGCUUGGGAAGAGUUUCAAACGCCGCGAGGAGAAACAAAGAAAAAAAAUGGACGAGCCCCCCGCCACCCCGGUAAGACCCGAGCAGCGGCCGAGCCGCGCGCCGUCUAGAACAACAGCGUACACGCUCGCGGACGUGCGAAAACACAACACGAAGGAGGACGGCUGGAUCGUGGUGGAUGGCAUCGUCUACGACAUCACGAACUUCGCCAGGAACCACCCGGGCUGGACGGCCGGCGGCAUGACGUCCACCGCUUUAGCGAUCGAGCACGCGCUCGGCACGGAAUGCAGCGAGGAGUUCCACGAGCUCCACACGCCGGGCCAGCUCCGCACGCUGCAGGCCUACGCGAUCGGCCACCUGGCGGUGUCGCUCGACGAAGCGAUCCAUUUGGACGCGGCGACGAACCUGGGGAAAUCAUUGGGCGAAGACCAUGAAGACGUAGAGGAGGCCUUCGACCUGCCCGAGGUCCUGCUCCACCGCAUCUGCCUGUUAUUAGAUGUGCGGUCCGUGGCGCGCGCGGCGCGCAGCGGCGGCGCGCUCGCGCGCCACGUCAACGACUACGGCCGCGGCGACGCGCGGCACUUCCUGCCGCUGCCGCUGCCGGCGUCGCGGCCCAAGGUACGCCGGGCCUCGGGCUACUGGCACUUCUGCAAGCGGCACCGGGGCGAGGUGCAUCCAGGGGGGGGCGAGGUGCUACCGGAGGAGGUCGAGGGUAUCAAGGCUAGGUUGCAGGGCAUGUGGCACGCGCUGCCCGACGACGAGAAGCUGCGGUGGGGCGCCGAGGCGCCGAUGGUGAGAGGAGACAGUGUGGAGCGGAAGCCGCGCGGUAUUUCUAUAGACGGCCGCGACGUGUCGGCGAGCCCGCGCUGGAUGCAGUGGAAUCGCGUGCUCGACGUGCUCACUCCAUUGGCGUCGCCGCAGUUUUUGUUCGAGGUCGAGAUCACGAGCAUGCGGGCGCUGACAUUAGAUAUUGGGGUGGCGGAGACGACACAGUCACAAAACCUGUCGCUCGACGAGUCGUACAAGGCGAAUUGUAGGGAAUGGUACGUCGACGGCGCGGGCCGCGCGGUGCAGAAGGUGCGGAACCGCGACAAGGACGAGGUAUCCUUCGCCUUCGGGCGGCGCUACGGCGUCGGGCGCGUCGUGGGCGUCUACCGGCGCGGGUCGGGCGUCGGGUUUUCGCUGGACGGCGUGGACCUGGGGGUCGCCUUCGAGGACGUGCCGCGCAACGUGCACCCCUUCGUGCGCUUCCCGACGGGCGGUGUCCACGGACAGAGGGGCGACGCCGUGCGCCUGGCCGCGGGCCGGCCCCUGAUCCUGACGAGCGGCGAGCCGCCGCCGGGCCCCUUGGACGGGCGCCUCGUCGUGCAGCAGUUCGGGCCCGAGCUCGACGACUGGAUCGAUUUGAGGGUGAACCCGCGGCGGACGACCGUGCGCACGCUGCGCAAGCUCAUCACGACGGUGCUCAACGCGCGCGCGGCGCGCGUCGGCGCCGAGCCGGCCUCGCCCGAGAUCGUCGACGUCCACUUCCUCAAGGCCAUCGCGGGCUCAAAGGAGGACCCGCGCGCGCGCGCGCGGUCGGGCGUGCUGCGCGCGGGCCUCGACGACUCCUACCGGAGCCGCUCGGGCGUCGUCGCCGAGAAGCUCCUCGACCGGCCGCUCGAGAGCUUCGGCCUCUCGUUCCUGGCCAACGGGGUCCAGAGUCGACCGAUAUAUGUUAACCUCAUCCGCGACAUCAGCUGAUUCGCGACUUCGACGACGAGGAGGACGCUGCGCGGGCCUACGACGCCGCCCGGAUGAAAUAUAGGGACGAAGAGAUUGAUUCGCGACAUCAGCUGUGUGCUUGCUGCUGCUACCAUGGCGGCUUUACGUGAAUCUCAUCCGCGGCAUCAGCCGAUUGCUUGCAACCGUGGCGUAAUAAUUGUACAUACU